AUGGCGCCGACGGCGGAGAGCUCCGCAGACUGGUGCGAGAAGCCGGGAUUUCCUUCGCACGAGGGAUCGUGGAUUCGAGCGACUACCCAUGGGCUACCAGAGUACUGGUACCAGGAGGGACAUGAGAAGACCCGGAACGGCCCUCCUCCGCGCAUUUCCAUUGGAGCACACGAGGAUGCACACAUCAGGGUCGACGACUCACGGGUUGCGUCACGGCAUUGCAUGGUGUUCAAGGAGGGCCGCCACUGGUUCGUCGAGGGUGUCUCGACACGGCGGCCGACCAAUCUGGGAGACACGGUGCUGGAGCCAGGUGUCGCCUACCAGCUGAGCUCUGGUGAUGUGUUCUCGCUCGAUGGACCUGCCCGUGCCUUGCAAUACCUCGCCGAGUUCGAUGAUGCAGACAACUGGUACCUCGACACCACGUCUGACAACGACUUUCCGAAUCGAUGGCCGGCAAAGAUGCCAGGACAUCCGACAGAAGCGCCGCCCGCUCCCGAAGAACUCAAACGGUUGGCUUGGCAAACCGACCAGAUGCGGAGACGAUCAGAGGAAGAGCAAGUUCUGGUUGCAGACUGGGCAGCUUUUUCGCAGUACGUGAAGAAGCACUAUCACAAGUACGGACUCUCGGCUGGCCGUCGAAGGCAUCUUCGCUGA